AUGAUUUCGCAGUUUAUUCUACUAUUUUUGGCCUAUUUAUUGAUCCAGUUGGAGGCGAGCCAGGUCUACGACCUAAAAAAUGAAAGCGCCAGCCUCAGACUACAGGUGGGGCCAGGGGAGGCGCUCGUCAAGCUGUACGAGUACCGGCAGCACUGGCUGUUUGGGGGCAGGCGGGCCGUCUGCCAAAACGAUCUGCGCAUCUUCUAUCCGCUGGCCCAAGGGUUCGUCGUGUGCGGGACGAACGCCAGGCGCCCGGCUUGUUUUGUGUUUUCUGACGGGCUGCUACGGAGAAGCUUCUCCGCUUUGGGGCAGGCCCCUACACUCAACAAGUAUCCCUCAAAAUUCUACGCUUCGGCCCGGCAGCUUUUCACGUUUACUGCCUCCGACUUCUCGGGCCAAGAAUUCCUACUGCUGCGCCGGAAUCAGAACGGCAGCACCGCGGGCGAGAUCCGGUCCCCUCGACCAUCCUUUGACCGUCCUGAGAUCGUUGAGAUGCACGAAAACAAAGAGGAAAUCUGGCUGUGGUUCAACGAAAACCCCGCCGACAGCGAGCAGUGCGGCAAGAAAAGCGAGUCCCGCGUGGCCAGGGUCUGCAAAAACGACCCUGGCGCGGCCAAGCCGUACGACAUGGAAUUCAGCAGCUUCUCGAAGGCGAAGGUCGAGUGCGCGAUCCGGGAGGACAGCAAGGAUACGCUGUAUUUUAAUCAGCUCCAAUCCGUCCGGCGAACCGGCUCAACCCGGCUGGUCGGCGCCUUCCAGUCGCAGCUCGCCGGCCUCGGCGCUUCUGCCCUCUGCGAAUUCGACGUGGGCAGCAUCCAAAAAACCCUGCACUCCAAGUUCAAGAACUACCGUAGCUCCGGGUGUCCGCGUGCCACGUCAACGGAUGCCCAGCUGGCCGCAAAGUCGAACCCGAUGGUGGACAAUAUGAUCACCGCCAAGCCCUUCUUCCACAUUUUCAACGGCAAGGACCGCUUCACUGCGCUCGCCAUCGAGGAUGAGGUCCGAUCGAUUACGAUACCAAAUCAGAAAAUCACCGUCAUCUACGUCGGCACGGACAGGGGCAACGUGCUGAAGCUCGUCAAAUCUUCCGCAGGCCCUGUAGUGCACGUUGCAACGCUAAGGGUUACGAAUUCCACGAUUCGCGAGCUGACCGUGCUGAAGGUGCCGCUCCCGAAUUUGAACUCUAAGUGGGAGCUGCUAGUCGGGACUGACACCGGAUUCCACAAGGCUCCAGUGGGCGCUUGUGCCCAAGCCGAGACGUGCCAAGCUUGCACCCGGCUAGGUGACCCGCAAUGCGCUUGGAAGCUGGACCGUUGCGUGCCCGUCAUGGAACACCUAAAUGCUAGGCAACACCUCUGGACCGACCCUGGGCAGUGUGUGGACGUGGAAAUCCCAACGACGAUAUCAACUACUCCAUCGACCACCACGACCACCACGCGGAAGAUGACCAACAUCGUCACGAAGGAUUACUACGAGCAACGCCAAUUCCUAUUCGAGCGCCGUGACGACAAGCCGGUCCCCUGCACCGCCGAGGUCGUCCAAAAGGAAGUCCGCUCCCGAGUCGAUUUUGUUCCGAUCGUGUCCGCACUGUUGAUUGGGUGUCUGCUCGGAGCCGCGGCCCUCUAUGCAGUCAUGUGGGUCGGAAGAUGGCCAAAGGAAAAGCCUCCCCCGUCGCCCGUCUGCCAGACACGUAUCGAGGCGUACACGUCGGUCCCGUCGAACAGCCAGUCGAUGCACAGCACCGUCACGACGCGCAGCACAUCCACGCCCCAUAUUAGUAAAUUAACGUAUUGC